ACGUUUCUAAUUUGUCAAGUCGUAAAUAAUCGUAGUAACAUCUCGUUCGCAUCAGCAAAUAAAAGCAGACGAGAGUACUUUUGCUUUUGGCGUCGUUCGAAAUACGCAUGUGUAGAGCAAACCCCAUCUCGUUCGACCCUCGCGUCUCUUCGUUCACUUCGAUUUUUCCACUUGGCUUUUCCUUCUUUCUCUUAUCUUCGACUGCUCCGGAACAUUCGUCGACUCGAUGAGGUCGCAAAAUUCAUUAAACAAAGAGACUCUCUUUCUAUAUCACUGAGCUUUCAAUUAACGAGGAAAAUCAGUGUUUUACAUCUUGCUCGUUGCUGUUUAAUAAGCCGACGGAUCUUUACGCGUCGCUUGUUUUUGCAAUUUAGGAAACCUUUCAUUUACAAAAUAUAAUACGUGACAUUGAUCUAAAGUUUGGUAGUAGUAGGUCGACAAACAUUGACGAUUCUCCAGAGACUUGUACAGUACUAUGUGGAAGGAUUAAUUAGCUUCAAUUCUUCCCACGCAUAGUACGAAUUAAUCCUAUUUACUCGCAAACGUAACUCUGGCGUAUUUUUCACACACACACACACACAAACAGACAUAUUUAUCGAAACUCGAUUUCAUUAUUCGCGAAACAUACGUUUGUUUAUCAAUUCAUUUCGUAAAUCGCUAAUACGCAGUAGGAAUGUAACGGGAAACAAACGAAGAGAUUAAAUUCUUGAAAAGAGAAAAAAGGAAAAGAGAGAAGAAAAUUCCGUAACGUUCUAACAAAAAGGAUUCGUCGUUUGUUUCACGCACGAUCAAAUCGUAGGAACGACGUAGGAAUUAAAGCAACAUAUCGAAAGGAGAAAUAACACGUCAUAAACGCGUCAGGAAAGAAAGAGAACAAAAAUAAAUCGACUUGGUGAAAAAGAUCGUCGAGUACGAUCGGUUUAGUUGUCGUAAGUCACUAGUCGUGAAAAGUUGUCGAAACCGUCGAUCGGCAGGGUGUCGGGUCUCGAGCGAUCACUGGCCGAGGAUGAGGAGGGGGAUGCUAGUACGGAGGCUGAUCGUGAGCUCAAACGUGAGGUCGAGGUCGAGGUCGGGGCUAAUAGCAACUACGAACGCCUUGGCAGAAUGUUGACGGCCCGUUCUGGACCUCUUGGGGUGCCUCGAAGUUUGGGGCCCCUUGAGGGAAGUGAUCAUCUUUUUCUACUACCAGAAAGGGCACUGAUUAUGGAUAGCAGUCGUUUGCGUCAAGACUUGGCUGGUCUCGAUUUUAAUCUACGCUUCAACAUUCUUCAAACGGCACCCCGUGGCAACGUCUGGCUAUCUGGAGCCGCUUCUGAGGAAAUUAACCAAAGGACCAGUUCUGCACACAAUCGCCACUCUCUCACGAAGGAAGAAACAAUGCAUUGGUUCGCCCAGAUAGGAGGUGACAGUGGUACUCACAAUUUUCCAGAUAAUCAUCGGAACGAUGUGAAGCGCCGCCGAAGUCUCUACGAUGAGGACUCCCUCGACGACGAUCGUCCUGACGAGAACGAAGCACGAGACUCGACGGGAAGUGCGAAAGAUGUUGACAGGGCGAGGCUCGUCCGUGAAAGGCAGAACGAAGAACGACAACGGAAGCUGGAAGAGCUGAGACAACAGGCACUCGCCGCCCAACGUUUUCGGGAACAGCGAGAGGAGGAACGUCGAAGACGCAUCGACGAGCUGAGGUCGCGAGAUAAUGACAGACGGAACCAGGUAGAAGAAAGGAAACGAUUGAUAUGCGAGGCAGAGCGAGAAAGGCGGGAGGCUAUCCUCCGAAAGAAUCAGGAGAGGGAGGCACGCAUCGAGGCAAAAAAGAAGAAUGAGAGAUCGCACAUCGUUUUUGCGUUCGGCAGUUCGACACCACGAAUGUUGGAGCCAGCUGAUACCGGUGGUUCGACCUUCUGGGGUACACGCAGAGCCACUUCGACGACCAACGUCAUGAUGUUUUCAGCGGCUCAGCCUUUGACCAGGAGAUCCUCCGAAAGAGAACUCGAUGGCAGCAAGAAAAGAGCUACUUCCGCCGGUGGACUCGACAGAAAGCCCGGCGAAGAUAUGAGAAUGUCCUCGUCCAUGUACGAGGUGUUCAAUUGGAAUUCUAGCCCCGAUCCUCCCUUAACCCCUGGCAAACAUAAGAGAGCCAGCCUCUCUCUGCCUCCUACUACAGACAUCUUUGCCAUCGAUGAUAAGUCUGAUAACGAUACUAGGCGUCCAAUGAUUCAGCGGGCUGUCAGUGGUGAGGAUAGCGACGGAACACCAGGAACACCCAGUUCGGUCUAUCUUCGAGUGAAUAGGAGACGUACAGACCUGAUGCCGACGAUACCAUCACCCCGUGAUGGACCACCGACGUCCGGACGUAGCUCCUCGGCCAAGGCCUUCGCACGUUCCCCAGGUAGGACUUACUCGAUGUCGAGACUGGACCAGCUAUCUCAGCCUAGGAAACGUCCGACAGAGCUUAGUACAUUGACGGAACAGCAAAGUCAGCCUCUCAGUGGUUCUAGCAUGAGUCGCAGCAUGUCGCACUUGGCUGCUGCCUCAGGAAGCAAGAGCCUUAAGCGCUCGGAUAAUUCUCGUAGCAUGGGUACAUUGCCGGGUGCAGUUCCGAUGCCGAGACCUACCAGGGCUGAAAGAUUGCGUCGAAAGGCUCGUGAGCUUCACAAUCAACAGCAGCAAGGUAUCCGCAGCGGGGAGGUGACACCGAACAGCCCAUCACGACCGCACAGCUCCAUGAGCCAGCAAAGUGCCAGCAGCGUGGGUAGCAGUAACGUCAAUCUGCGUCCUCGUACGGCUGCUCCGCGUCGACCGCGACCUGCUUCUAUCGCCGGUACCGGCGUUUCGGUCACAGAGCGACACAAUCUCUCAGGUGACGCAAAAUUAACAAAGGAUUCAAAGCCACCACUGCCAAAGGUCCAUAGUACUCCAAAGAAACCUUCUACGCCUAAAGCAAGCGAGAUAAAGAAACCGACGGAAAAAUUAGUAAAGAAUGCAAAGGCAUCGCCACGGAUAACACCAAAGGCGACGCCUUUGCAGAGUCCAGGUGUCGAGCAUUCGCCGCUCAUUCGCGAAGCCACUGAAAUAAUUGGACAUGAAAAUGACAUUAAAAAUGGUAAAUCGGAAGAAAGGAACGAGGAAAAGAAGGAUCAUGGUUCAGAGAAAGCACAGGACGUAGUAGAGACAGAAUUAGUUGAUAACGAAGACAAAAACGAGAUUAAAAACGAAAUUAAAAAUGAAGUUAAGAAUGAAGGUCCGAUAGUCGAACAACCGGUACCAGUAGCCGCUAUCAAACAAGCCAAGGAUGAUAGCAAUUUCAUGCAAGAAACGUUGUCCUCUCAAGAAUCCACGUUGAAAAAAGAUGAUAAUAAUAAAGUAGAGAAGAUAGAAAAGAAAUUGACGAUGGAACAGGAAGGUGAAAGCGAAGUCGAUAACGAGGAACAGAUCGACAUGUCUGCUUCGAUGAUCGCAAAAAUUAGAAUCACGACGGAAGAGGAAGCCAAAGCUGCCUUGGCGGAACGCAGAAGAUUAGCUCGAGAACAAGCGGAAAGGGAAGCGGAGCUUGAGCGUUUACGAUUGGAAGAGGAAGCUCGUUUGGAAGCUGAAAAAUUACGUGCCGAAGAGGAGGAGCAACGACGCUUGGAAGAGGAAACUUUACGUCUGGCGAACGAAGCACGACAGGCUGAAGAACAAAGAUUAAAAUUAGCGAUCGAAGAAGCAAAACGUCGGGAGGAGGAAGAUCGAAGAAGACGAGAGGAAGAGGCUCGUCAGAAGCAAGAGAAGGAAGAGGCUGAGAAGAAAGCGAGAGAAGAAGUAGAAAGACAACGAAUAGAAAUGGCCGAACGUUUGAAAAAGGAAGAGGAAGAGAGACUUGCUCGACGUAAACGCGUCGAGGCGAUUAUGCUUCGAACACGUGGAAAAAAUCAGUCCAAUACACCGACGAAGGGGGAGGGCGGAGACGGUGAUAAAUUAAAAGAAGACAGUCCUAGCGAUGAAAAUAAAUCAGCUCCCGGUAGUAAAAACGAAGACGUUAUGACAGCGAGUUUAAUAUCUGAAGCUACUCAGCAAUUUUUAAGCAGCGAGCAGCGAGCUCAUCACGUAGAAAACGUUACCGCGCCAGCUAUCGUGCAUAAUGGCACGCACAGUAACGGCAUUAAUGAAAAUAAAAUAGUAUUGGAUAAUAAUCAGGGUAACGUCGAGGGAGGAUUAAAUGGUCAUCACACGAAUCACGGGAACGAUAUCAACAGUCAAUCGAUCACACUGGAUAAUGCCACCGUCAAACAAAACAACGUGACCAACAACCUGUUAGACCUGUCAGAAUUCGAUACUCUGAGUAAUAACAGUAGUGGUCCAACGCUUGAAUUGACGCUCAACAUGGCCAAGGAAGACACGCUCAACUCGAACUUGAAUCCAACAGCCGUACCAUUUACACCAAUGGCAAAUACCUUUACGUCUGCUGGUGCUAAUGCCAACAUCAAUCCUUUCCAAGAUGCUUACGUGAAUAAUAAACAACAAGAGAGCAAUCAAAUGUCAGAUCUUUUGUCCUAAGAUUUCUUUAAAAUCUUCUGGUGAGCAAUGGAGAGAGAACAAAAAAAAAAAAAGAAUUGGAUUCGGUGUCCAGUGUGUCUGUGGCAAUGGAUAUAUUCAAGAUAACGUCGUUUACGAUAAUGUAAAUAAGCGCUUUGAUAUAUGUGUAGAAAAUGAGGAUCCCAGCUAGAAGGAAGGAUAUAUAGUUCAGGGAAAAAAUUAUUUUGCCCUUAAAUCUUUGAACUUUAAACGUUAUUAUCGAUGAAAAUGUAAAAUAAUAUAUAAUAUUAGUCAAUAAUAUGCAACAGCGAUUCUAAGCACUCAGUCUGUCGUAGUAAUCGAAGGGGAAAAAAAGGAAAAAAAGAAACAGGAAAGAAAAGAAAAGAAAAAGAAGGAAAUAUCAACCCGCGUGACUUUUUAGAAAUCCAUUAAAAGAAAGAUAAAAAAAAAACCUAGAAGGGCUAGGAGAGAGGGAGAUGAAUAUGAAAAAAUAAGACUUGUUCAUAACGUACAAUUCGAGAUACAUAUAAACAUUAUACUGAAUUCCAUCGAAUCAUUAUGCGCCCUUUCCUUAUUUUGUCAUGACGUUUCAUGAUCAGUAAACGUUGAUAGAAAAUCGAAUGGAAAGAAUAUAAUCAUGCAAAACACAAACCGAGAUAUACGAUGAUAGUAGAACUUCAAGUGAUUAACCAAGUGUGUAAAACGGCUUGACGAAUAUAGCACAAGAAAAAAUAAAAAAUAAUUAUGCAUGAUGAGUUUAAUAACACCCAAUCUGCCAAAAGAACAAAGAAAUAGGGUAAACAUCACUAAUAAUAUUCUCUUACAUAAUAGAUAGUACAUUAUCUUAUAGAGGAAAGACAGCCUAAGAAUUACUGUGUAUAAUAAGAUAUUUUGAGCUGAUAGAAAAAAUAACUUUUCUUCCAUAUUACAUUUUGGAGCGUGCGCUCCACUAGUCAAGCAAUUUUACUGUGUUUGUCAUAUCUUGUUUUGAAAGCUCACUAUCGGUACCAUAUUGUACAUCCAUCAUAAAGGUACAACUAGAAUUCACUAUAUCACACUGAUUUAUUUUUCAGUCCAUUAUGAAUUUCUAGUUGUAACGAUGAUUAAUACUUUAAUAAAAAUAGCCACUGUUAUAUAUUAUAUGCUAAUGUAUAAACUUUUUACAAUGACAAUAUUACAUUGAGUUUUAUACAGUUGUUACAAAAGGGAUAUAGAAAUCGUAUCUUGAUUUAACACAGGAUACAGAUGUCAAAACUGUUAGUGAUCUUUUUUUUUUUUCUAUUUUGACCUAAACUAUUAAAUGUAAGAAAAAAAGAAACGUAUAUUUUUUUGCUAUUCCAGUGGCUAUUUACGAUAGUAGAGUACUAUGAUGCUAUCAUGCAUUAUUGAGCAGGUAUUGGAAUUUAUAUUCACGAUGUGAGUUAUUUGUUAUUACUGUAGUAUAGCAUUAUAAAAUGAAUAUGAGAGUAGUAUGCCUUAUGUUUCAUACUUGCGAUAUUGCAGGUGCACCAUAUUAUGGGAUUUGCAAGCUUAUUUAUAAUGGGUAUUAUAAAUUAAUCCACUUUCUCUUAUUCUAAUUUGAAUAGCAUGAAAUAAAGAAAUUAUUCCCAAGACAGAAAUAAUGUUUUUGACGCAGAAA